AUGGUUUCUGCCUGGUCUACCCUCAUUCUGGUUGCUUCAGCUGUUAUGUCUGUUACCGCACAUGCUUCUCCUGCUCCGGUACACUGGAAGCGUGACAACCUUGUUGUGCGCGAGUCUCUUGAGAAACGAUGCGGCGACAUCCUAGCUGCACGUAGGCGCAAACGAGCUUUGCAUGUAUCUGAAAGUCUUUGGUCGCGUGGAAGUUACUACAUGCCUAGAACAACAUCGAGUAAUGAUAGUACCUGUUUUGUGACCCCAGAGGUUACCCAAGGUCCCUACCACAUUUUAGGUGAAAUUGUGAGGCAAAACAUGACUGAGGGACAAGCUGGAAUCCCCUUGGAAAUUUCUGCUGAUUUCAUCGACAUCAACACCUGCGACCCCGUUCAGGUUUGGGUCGACGCCUGGCACGCGAAUGCUACGGGAUUCUACGCCGGAUAUAUUGCAGAGACGGGUUCAUACAUUGCAGGCGGCGAUUCUGGUGAAGGCAGCGGAGAUGUGGAAUCCAUGUCCGGCUCUGCCGGUGGUAGCUUUGGUGGUUCGGGAGCGUACACCCAAACCACGACGUCGGCCACCACCAGCUAUGGUGCUUACAGCGGCGCCGACUCUACAAGUGCUGCCAGUAUGCUCAAUACACCUGUGGAUGACAACAGCACGUUCCUUCGAGGUGUUUGGCAAUCAGACGAGGACGGACAUUUGACCAUGUAUUCAAUCUUCCCUGGAUGGUAUUCUCAACGGGCACAACAUUUCCAUAUCAAAAUCUACCCUGAAGGAGAAAUCGCGGCAAACGGCACUUUCAUUGCUGGUGGAAGCGCUGUACAUGCAGGCCAGUUCUUUUUCGACAAUGACACCUUGCAGGCAGUUGCUGCCAAUUCCAUCUAUGCCGCCAAUGCUAUAUCGUGGUCGGACUCUGUCAGCAACGAAGACGACCAAUGGUAUCCUUACCAGUCCGCCACCGGCUACAAUGCUAAUAUGGAUAUCACCUGGGUCGGUGACGAUAUCACAGAUGGACUUAUCGGAACUAUAACAGUAGCUCUCAACCUGUCCUACACAAGUGUGGAGCUCAGUACUCAAUUCGCCGCAUUCGAUGUCGAAGAAUACGAAGCUGAGGGUCUUCUUCCAUCUGCGUCACUAUCUCUGUAA